UUAUGCCGAAGGGGGCGCGCCGGCGGCGCGACUGUGACCGAUGGCUCCCCUCCCUCCCCUCCUCCUCCUCCCCCUGCUGGGCGCCUCAGUCUCCCGGCUCCUCUCGCGGCUCCACGGACUGGGAUCCUCCGCCGCCGCUGCUAUGUCGACCGCCAGGACCCUCAAAUCUGUGGACUACGAGGUGUUCGGCAGAGUACAGGGUGUCUGCUUCAGAAUGUACACAGAAGAUGAAGCUAAGAAGAUGGGAGUUGUUGGGUGGGUUAAGAAUACUCGCCAAGGAACGGUAAAAGGCCAAGUUCAAGGUCCUGAAGAUAAAGUCAACUCCAUGAAAACCUGGCUAAGCAAAAUUGGGAGCCCCAGUUCUCGUAUUGAUCGGGCUGACUUUUCCAAUGAAAAGACCAUCUCUCAACUUGAGUACACUAAUUUUAGCGUUAAAUACUAGUGGAGAAAGAAGUUCUUAGAAUAAAAUUAUAAUGCUUAUGUGCCAUAAUAGAUUCCAUACUCUAUUAAAUCCAUAAAAGGGAAUAAUAGUGCUUUGUAUUUCCAUUUAAACAAUGGAAAUUUGUUCUAAAAAAUGUAAAACUGUAAUGUUACUAAAAAUACCUGCCACUGAAAUAAUUUAACUUGAAUAUUUUUACAGAAAUGAAAGUAGAAUGUAAAAUCAGAAAAUAUCUGUAAUGUAUAAUAUGAGUAUCUAGUUUAACUUUGGCCCAAAAGGCCUUGGAGUUGAAUGAACAUGACAAUAUGAAUAUUGUUUCACUAUU